AUGGGAAAUUGUGUAACAUCAAAGGACGCUGAUAAUCUCACGAAGAAAAAGAAGACUACUGAAAAUAAGGCAGAUAUUAUUACGUAAAUAGAGGAUGGAAGGAAUUAUUCAAAAUUGCCAAAUGAAGAAUAAACCAAUCAGGAAUCCUAAUAAUAAGAAUAGCUGAAUGAAAAUUAAGCUCCUACUUAUAAUAUCUAAGACGAGGAAAAUAAUGAAAAAUCCAAAAAGGAAAAUAAUAAAAAUAAUGAAGAUGGUGAUAAUCCGGAUCAGUAAGAUGCAACUGGUGAUAGAAAGAUACAUCAAUCUCACGAGCAUGAACAUGAUUAGCAUAAUCACCACAAUGAAAAUGAUCAUGAUCAUAAUCACAAUCACAACCAUGAUCAUCACGAUCACAAUCAUCUUGAGCAUAAUCCUCAAGAAAACAAUCAAGAUAAAGCUGACAAAAAUGAUGUGAAUCAUGAUGAUAAGGCUGAUCAUGAAAUUGAUCAUCAUUAAAUUCGUCAAAUUAUCAACGAAAAUCUGAAUCUUAGAAUGAACGAGAACAAUAUUGAGGAUUAGGAAGAAGAUGGUAAUGCCAAAUAAUACGAUAGAAAUAUUCUUCAUUAGCAAAAAGCCGAAGACAAAGCUGAUGGCACAGAUGAUAUAUACAACAAUAUCAAUGAUCCACCUUAAGAGUCUGACAUUGGCGGAGGAAAUGAAAAUUGA